AUGAUCAGUGUUCCAAUGGCGGAUCCUGUUGACCUGACCAAGACCGCAAUUAACAGCCAUCGAACACUGCCACCAAAUGCAAAAGUGCAAAAUGCCAUACACGAAUAUAUUCUAAGCCUUGAAACGGAGCUUAGAGCUCUUAAUAAAUAUAUCCACGAGAAUCCGGAGCUCGCCUACAAGGAGCAUAAUGCCCAUAAUGCCAUCUGUGACUUUCUGGAAGGACUCGGCUACCAGGUGACGCGACAUGCGUACGGCUUGAAAACGUCGUUCGAGGUCAUUAGCGGGAAAGGUAGCAGGACUGUCAAUUUCAACGCAGAGUACGAUGCACUCCCGGAAAUGGGACACGCCUGCGGCCAUAACCUCAUUGCCACUGCCAGUGUGACCGGAUUCAUUGCUCUCUCUUAUGCCCUAAAGCAGUUCGGAAUCGAUGGGCGGGUGCAACUUCUUGGUACACCGGCUGAAGAAGAUGGAGGUGGAAAAAUUGAUCUACUCAAUGCAGGAGCAUAUGAGAAGGUGGAUGUGUCGCUGAUGAUGCACCCGAUGUCGGAUGCUGAAUACAUAGACGAAGACGUCCUGGGGUCAGCAGGGUUCUCAUCCGUCGCAUCUUACAACUUGGAAUGCACCUACCGUGGCAUUAGUUCCCAUGCUGGUGCCACACCAUGGGAGGGUGUCAAUGCACUAGAUGCCCUAGUUUCAACCUAUAUCAACGUUUCUAUGCUGCGACAGCAGAUUCAGCCCACGGAGAGAGUCCAUGGUGCUAUCGUCGAAGCCCCAAAGGUCACCAGCAAUGCUAUCCCGGCGCUUACAAAAAUUCAGUAUACGACCAGAAGCCCCACUAUUAGAGGUGCAAGAAACCUUGGAGACAGAAUCCGUCGGUGCAUGGAGGCUGGAGCGCUUGCUACCGGUUGUAAGUUGGAUAUUGAAGAAAUGUCUGGGUACGCAGAUUUGCGCGUCAAUGAACCCCUGUGCAGCUCGUUCCAGCAGCACAUGUCAGCAAACGGUAUAAAAGUUCUCAAAUCAGAGGGGCCUAUUGCCGCAGCAACAGACCAGGGUAACGUUUCCUACGCGAUACCCGCCUUGCAUGCAGUUAUCGGUAUUCCGGUGGAUGAUGGAUCUAAGAACCACACCGCCGGGUUUGCUAAGGCAGCAGGAACCCCUGUGGCACAUGAGAGGACAAUAGUGUCCGGGAAGGCAAUGGCCAUGACUGGCUGGGACAUUCUCACCAACGAUGCGUUGUAUGAACAAGUAAAGCAGGACUUUGAGAGGGACAAAAAGUUCCGGUAG